AUGAAUUCACGUGAAAAAAUAAAUGUAAAUCAGUUAUUAGAUGAAGAUUACGAUUCUUAUGAUUCUAAUAUUUCAAUUAUUGACGAUUCUGAUGCUGAUCCUAAUUUUUAUCCACCCGGUGUCGCUGAAAAAGGCUCAAUUAACAGUUCACCUGAUGUAUCAAUGGACGAUCCAUCAAAUUCAAAUGUAUUAGUGAUGCCUCAAAUACAAAAUUUAUCUGAUGAUGAAUAUUCGACUGAGGUAAGUACGUCUAGUGAUGAAAGUGAAAAAGAUGACGAGGAUUCUGAAUGGGUUGAUAACUACAAAACUAUUUCUGAUUUUGAAUUUAAUUCGAACUCCUCUGGAAUUAAAAUAAAUAUAUUAGAAUCUGCUAAAGACUCUCCUAUCGAAAUAUUUAACCAAAUUUGGACGGGCGAUAUACUUGAGAUUAUUAUAAGUUCAACAAAUAGUUAUGGUCAAAAACUUGCAUUAAAAGAUCGGCCUCAUAAUAAAAAUUCUAGAAGUUCGACUUUCAAAAAUACUGAUACAGAAGAAAUCAAUAAAUUUUUGGGUUUAUGUUUACUUUUUGGGUCUUCCAAAUUUUCUGUGUUGCGAGAUGCAUUUUCAAAUAACCCAUUAUAUUAUUAUCCAAUCGCAAAAAAAAUUAUGUCAGGAAGACGGUUCGAACAACUUCUGAAUUGUUUCAGUGUUGAGUAUUCGGAAAAAAUAGUAGUUGCUGAUGGCCCAAUGAAAAAAAUUGAACCAGUGUACACAAUGUUAAUUGAUAAUUUUCAAAAAGCUUUUUACCCACAUAUUGAACUUUCGUUAGAUGAGUCUCUGCUUCUCCAACGUGGAAGAUUAUGUUUUCGACAGUAUAUCAAAGGAAAAAAAGCGAAGUAUGGUAUUAAAUUCUAUGAGCUUUGUUCUCCAGAUGGUUACGUUUUAAAUAUAGAAAUGUAUAAGGGAAAACAAUUUUCAAGUGGGGCGCUAACUUCAAAAAUUGACAGUUUAGUACUAAGGCUUAUGACUCUUAUUUAA